GGUUUGCGUUGGUGUAUUGGUUGGCAGAGAGAACGCUUGUCAAAAAAAAAAAAAAUCCUUCCUCUGACAGAAGGCAUGAUUCACAGCGGAGCGAGAGAGAGAGGAGCGAUAGAGAGAAGAGAGAGAGGAGAGAGUAGGUGGAGAGCCGUACGAGCGUCUGAAAGAGAGGAAAACAACGGUCAAGAUGAAGAUGUGAGACGAGACGAGGGACGGCUUGGGCACGAUUCCGAUGGGCGACUUUGGCCAACAAACAGAAGACAAGCUUUGACUGCAUCCAGUCUUCCGUCUUCACUGUGUGCCUGCGUUCCAAACGCUCUGGUGGAAUCAAACUCAACCGGCUUUCGUUGUAAUGAAUUGAAAAAAAAUACUAAGCAAGAAGCAUUUUUUUAUUAGCAAAUAAGCAAAGAACCUAGAAAUUUUGGGUUUUUUUUGGGGGGGGGCCACUAAAAUGUUUGAAAGACAAGACCCCCUCUAACAUAAUCGAGUCUGUUUAGCUCCUCCCAUCGAUAUUAACAACCUUCUUCAAAUCCCGACACCCAAAAGACUUCACGAUUGACCCUUCAAACUUCCCACGUGUCUCCCAUCCACCCUUCCCACCACCGUCGGCCAUCCAACAAAACAUGGGAAAACCACUUAGUCGUCCCGGCUGUUUCCGAAAGAGCUCCUGUUGCCUGGAGAAACAUGGAGUCGGGGAAAGAGUUCGAGGUCGAGAUGGCCUCAUGGAAGCGGGAUACGGCGACGGCUACGUUCCGCAACGCUCCAUCUACGAUACCAUGUGCAUUAAUCAACAAAUAGACAACCACCACCAUCACCACCACCACGCAGGGGGGUCCACGCGACGAGACGUUGGAGGCGAAGGGAGUUUUUACUCCGCGAGUGGCUCCCUGCGGGUCAGCAGGGCCCCCCCGGCCGAAAUGUUCGAUUCUCAGCCGUGUUCUUUGACUCCGAACCCUUCGUUUGUUCGCCGUCUGGACGAACGCGCCAUUUACGAUUCGCUAAAUCUCGGUGCUCCGGAUACCGGCGGAUGCUCUUCGCCUGGACAUUUUAACCGUUCAGUUUCUCCGGCCGUGUCCUCGUUUUCGGCUCCAGGAGUGUCGUCAACGUCAUCGAAGAAGCACCCACAUCAUUAUCACCAUCAUCAUGGCGACAGCACAAAGAGCAGAGAUGGCCGCCACUCGUGGAAAGUUCUCACUCCUCCAAAACACUUGGAGUGUUUGGACAUCACAACAAAUGACAUGAUGGACCGAGGAGGAACAGGAGGAACAGGAGGGUAUUUGAACCCAGCCCACUAUUCACACCCCGGGGGCCAGUCCUCGUCUCUGACAUCCCCCCUUAUAUCACCCUUCUCCGGGUCGCCUCUCUCGUCUGGUUACCAUACUCCGGUCUUCUUCUCGCCUGCAAAACCUCGUCCGAGUCAAAGUCAGAGUCUACGUUGCUCACCUCCGCAUGUCCUCCAACCCAGACAUUAUUCCCAAACGCAGAGCCUAAGAAUGUCCCCGCCUCAUGAGCUCAGACGUUCCCCUUACCGAGCACCGUUGGUCCAACUAUCAGCUCAUGACCUUGAGCUGGACUUGAGAGACCAGGGCGGAUGGGGUCAAAGUGAGCGAGAACGGGAAUGGGAAAGGGAGAGAGAAAGGGAAAUGGAAAGAGGAUGGGCGCAGAGAGAGUGGGAAAGAGAACGGGAAAGGGGGCGGCUGGAAAGGGAGCGAGCAAGAGAACGGGAAAGGAGGGACACGUCAAGUUUCGGGUCCUUCGGGUACGGGCGACCGGUUCCUUCGGAAAGAGAUUCGGUCUUUUUAGAAACCGAUCACGUUUUAGACACAACGCCUCUUUUGCUGACUCAGUCCGGACCUUCGCCGUCACCGAGCGCCGCCCCGAGAAUGGGUACGAGCGCAGUGGGCAGGAAUAGAGCUGGGUCAAAGGUCGGUUCGGAUUCCGUUGGCGGUAGCGUGGUUUCUAAAACCGACAACGGGAAUAUGUGCCUGGGGUUUGUUGACAGCAAAGCUGGUUGUGGACCAAGACUAGUCAGCGGCGGGGGGAGCAUAUCCGAGGCUGAGAUCAUGAUCGGAAUGCAAGGGAAAAAUCGAGUCGGAAGUUGGGGCAAAUACGAAAAUGGAUCCAAAGCUGGUAUUAAAAAUGGCUCUGAAAAACGAAUGGGCUCACAGGUGAAAACAAGACCCGGAGGAAGGGAUUUGGAAGGAAAAGUGGAAUCCGGAGUCCAGGUAGAACAUGUGUCUAAAGCUCCCAACCGGGAAGGACAAAGGGGGGGAUCAAGGAGUGGAGAAAAACUCCUAAGAGGUGUCACCAAACCGGAACCUAUUGCUGAGGCGGUACCAUCAACUUUUCAUGAUGUUGUUCCUGGAGACAAAAACCUUCCCGGAUCUGGGUCUGAUUCGGAAAUGAAACCAGAGAUUAAAACCGGACCUGAGAUUAACGAUCCCGGAACAGCUCAAGCUAGUCAGGACUUUAGCUCAACACAAGCGUCAACACCAGAACCUAAACUUGACACGGAGUUAAAGUUUGUGUCUUCAAGUGAACCAGUUCUAGACCUUGGGUCGGUUCAGGAACAGGAGGAUAAAAUUCCGAGUUCCGAGACUACCGUUGAAGACCACAGAAGCACAAAUAAAACUCCGGUAAAUGUGGAGCUUGGGGAUCAAACUGAAACCGCCCCUGCAGAACCGUCUCAGAAAUCCCCUGUGGACUCCAAAAUACUACCUGGCCCCGUCGGAAAGGGAUCCAAAAGCCAGAAGACCAAAUCAUCGAAAUCCCAUUCCAGAAUUCGACCCGGUACAGCCACAGGUCUCAGACCCGGGGCGCUUAGCCCGAGACUUCGAAAAGGUCUCGCAGACCUGGAGUCCACCGGCCCCGAUGAAGGCAUUGAGUCCACUUGGCCUCGUCGAAUCAUGGUCAGAAAGAGGACGGUUCGUCAGGGUGGUGCCAUCCAUAACCUCCCAAUCCUCCCACCGCUUCCCUCUGUGAUAUCAGCCUUGGAGAAGCGGCGCCCGCACGCCCAUCUCCAUUCCCGCCCGGGUCACCACUCGGAGAACCCGCUUAGUACGGAUCUCACCAUUUUUACAGGCCGAUGUUCUCUGAAAGAGCCGUCCCAUCAGGAACAAGUACAGGGUACAAAUUUAGUGGGAAGAGCUUCCCUGAAAGAGCAGAACCUGGAACACUGGAGAGUCUACAGAGACCAGGAAGAAUCCAGGAGAUCCAGGAGCAGGGAGAAAGAAGGAGACACGAGUAAGGAGAACAUAAACAAUAACGAGGAGAGAAGAGGAACAGAACAGAUUGACCAAAAUGAGAAGAUUCCCGAUAAAGCCGAGGAAGAAGUUGGGAAGCAAACAGUGGAAGAAAUCAAACAAGAGAAGAUCAAAAUAAGCUCGGAAGAAAAAGUCCAAGAUGGUGGAGUCCUGGAAGAAAAUCUCCCGAUCUGCGAGAAAACUGAAAAAAUAAAUCUUAAAGAGGGGAGAACCGCAAUGGAAGUCAAGAAAGAAGAAGAACUCAUGGAAGGAACUCACCGAGGAACAUUCGGAGAGCAACAGGAAGUGGAGAGUUGGGAUUCAGUUCUGGACAUGGUCAACACAUUAUGGGACGAAGGCUGGGAAAAAGGUGGAGCGGUAGGCGGUGAUACGGAUUCCUUAUCGGGUUCUCUUCAACGUUGGCCUCUCCUCCGGCCCCCGGUGGGCUUCGGGGGCUCCCAUCCGCCCUCGUCUGCGGCGUCUGAGCUCAGCUUGACGGAGUUGGAGCGGAGAGCCAGAGAACUGGAUUCUGACUUGGAGCACCUGGAUCUCUCUCAGCCCCGUCGAGACGACCAGGAUGAGUACCAGAGACAGAUGGAGUCUCCAAAGGAGAGAGCCGACACCUACCAAACCCACCCGGGGCCACAGAGAGAGAAAGGGGCCCUUUCAACAGGAGUGAGGAGCAGGUUCCUGGUCAAUCUUGAGCUCAGCUCUAAAGCUCUACUACCUACCACUGACACCGACCCCGACCCCGUGGGAUGGUCGACUAAAUCUUCUACUGUGGCUUCUUCUGUUGGCACAAGGUCAGUCCCGUAUAAAGAGGACAGCUCUCCAGACUCCAACCUAACUCUGGAAUCCGACUCCAGCGGCAUUUUCCUGUCGUCCAAUCAGAGCCAGGAGGAAGGCGGGUCUGACAGCGACCAGCCAAUCAGCGGCUCCGACCUCGGUAGCAGCAGCACGUCACUGGAUAAGGACGACGGAAGUUUAAAAGAAUGGGGCAGGGAGGAGAGUGCUGACCUCCAGUGGUGCUACCCCUCGCUCCUCGACGCCUCCCCGCGCGAUGACGUCGACGGGAAUAGUCAAAUUGAAGAGGAUGCUUGUGGCACGGAAGAGAGUGAUGGGAAUGGAUGGAGAGACGACAAGACAGGAGAAGUGGUUUCAAUUUAUGACACAAAUCUAAAUGAAGCAACGCGACCGAGCAGAAAAGUUACCGUCAUGGCGACUGACCCCCUUCUUCCCGCGUCCCCGUUGAAGCAGCACGUCAAGCAUGUUAUCGAUCCGUAUCAUAAACCGAUUCGAAGCUCAGGACUGGACUGUGGCGACAUCGAUCCAUACGUCCAACCCGAUAGCUUCGUUUACCUUGCCGUGUCCGCCGGACCCCCUGGCGAGAUCCCCAUGGUUACGGAUUUUGCCACCCGUGACAUCAAACAAGAGAACGUGCACCAACACUUUGACAAGAGGAAAUCACACAUGGAACCCGAUGCCAGGCCGUCUCACUUUGUCCCCCAUAAACCGGAGGAGGGAGACUUUUUGUGCACGGACAGCUUCGUCUACCUAGCUGCUCCAGCCUGCCUCCUCUUGGGGCCUGAAGGAUCGACGUCGUACAGCGGAAGGGAGUCAGACUCUGACUCAGACUCUGGUCCCGUUGACGAGUCAGUACUGGGUUGUGCUUCAGUGGCAGGAGACAGCGACUGGGAUUCAGACCUGUCUGACUCGGAUCCCUGUCGCCCCUUCAGAGUCGCCGCUGCCGGGCCCAAAGCCGCCGGGGCGGCGCGACCCAAACGGCGUUGGGACUCCUUUGGAGAUACCGCAGAUCAUAACGUCCCGGAUGAGCCGUUCGCCGAUCAAGACCAAAACAGCAAAGCCAUGACGACGGCUACCGGCGGGUCGUCCCACGCGACGGCAACAUCGGCCAAUCAGCCUGAGACGGCAUCAAACCCGAGCGAGCUGUCGUCCUCGACCAAGAAGGUCACAUGGCAGUUCAAACCAGCCCAGAGGUCAGUCUGCACGGGAAGCAGGAAGGAGAAGGAAGUGACAUCGUUGGCGAGGAUAACCGAAUUUGGUGGAGGCGGCGAGUACGCACCCCCGCCAUUGUGCUCAUCACCUUCAUCAUCUUCCUCAUCCUCGUCCUCAUCGGGCUAGUACCUAGCACUUUUUCGGGAUGGAGCUUUUCAACGCCGAAGCUGAGUCGGUUCCAAAAAGGUAGAGUUUCUCUAACGACUUGAACGAUCAUAUUUACAUGAACAUGAAUGUUAUUAAUAUUGUACCUAGCUUAUUCCAUUAUUGCUACAUAAAGCUACAUAAAAAAUGUGAUUUGUACAUGACCAAACAUCAGGGGUGUCCAAACGUCCGGUGGAGGUCAAGAAAUGCUUAGAUGUUUUCAGGAGAACCUCCGCGUCAGAGCUUGGUUUUAUUUACGUUUAUGUAUGUGACAAACGGUACAACGCCACAAUCAUCAGUUUUAGUGCGUACCUCGGUUUUCAAGACACCAGUCUCGAGUUCUUGUUUUUUUAAUGCACAAAACUAUUUUUUUUAUUUAAAAAAAUAUAUUUUUUUAUUUAAAAAAAAUAGUUUUAAAUUUUUUUAAUUAUUUAAAUUUUUUUUAAUGGUUUCAUUUCAUUUGAACAUGCAUCAGAUUACAAUUGAAUGCAUCCCAUAAUCAGUUCCCAGUUCCACAUGUCCAAAAGGAGUAGGAAGAAGCAAAGCUUAUUAAAUCCUACCCCUCCAUCUGGUACUUUUACAAUCAGUAACUGUUACAUUUGUUCACUUCCUGCUUUCCUAAUAUAAUUUCAUUUUAUUUAAUUAUAUUUUUUUUAAUUUAAAAAAAUGUUUUUAAUUUUUUUAAAUUUAAAAAUUCAUUCGAUUUUUAUUUUUUUAAUUUUUUUUAAUGGUUUUAUUUCAUUUGAAAAUACAUCAGAUUACAAUUGAAUGCAUCCCAUAAUCAGUUCCCAGUUCCACAUGUCCAAAAGGAGUAGGAAGAAGCAAAGCUUAUUAAAUCCUACCCCUCCAUCUGGUACUUUUACAAUCACUAACUGUUACAUUUGUUCACUUCCUGCUUUCCUAAUAUAAUUUCAUUUUAUUUAAUUAUAUUUUUUUUAAUUUAAAAAAAUGUUUUUAAUUUUUUUAAAUUUAAAAAUUCAUUCGAUUUUUAUUUUUUUUAAUUUUUUUUAAUGGUUUUAUUUCAUUUGAAAAUACAUCAGAUUACAAUUGAAUGCAUCCCAUAAUCAGUUCCCAGUUCCACAUGUCCAAAAGGAGUAGGAAGAAGCAAAGCUUAUUAAAUCCUACCCCUCCAUCUGGUACUUCUACAAUCACUAACUGCUACAUUUGUUCACUUCCUGCUUUCCUAAUAUAGUUUAAGUUUUUUAUUUAACUUUUAAAUUUAAUUUAAAUUUUAAAUUUUUUAAUUUUUUAAAAAAUUAUUUUUUUAAAUGUUUUAAAUUAAACAUAUUAAAAUGUAUUUGUUUUUUUAAUUUAAAUGUUUUUUUAAUGGUUUAAUUUCAUUUGAACAUGCAUCAGAUUACAAUUGAAUGCAUCCCAUAAUCAGUUCCCAGUUCCACAUGUCCAAAAGGAGUAGGAAGAAGCAAAGCUUAUUAAAUCCUACCCCUCCAUCUGGUACUUUUACAAUCACUAACUGUUACAUUUGUUCACUUCCUGCUUUCCAUAAUACAGUUUUUUUUUUUAAGUUUUUUUUGUUUUUUUUUUUAAUAAUGUACCCCGUACCGAAGUACUCGGUGAUAUGAGCAUCCAAUGCCAUAAUGGGUACCAUAGUAAGUGUCAAUAUAGUGAUAUAUAUAUAUAUAGCACAUCAUGACUGGUUCAAGACUCUUGUAUCAUCCUUGUAUCCAUAUACAAAGAGCCAAUGAAAAAUGCCAAAAAAUUUUGCAAAAACGGGCCGCACUUUGGACACCCCUGGUUUACGAUGUUUCUUUUUUCGGUAAGUGCAAUGACGAGUGCGACGGCGAUGAAACGAUAAAAGACUCAGGUUGAGAUGACGAGGAAAAUACAGCCAAUGGUAGAGUUUGACUUUCAGAACCAUAACAGGGUUUGGUGGAUUGUAUACAUUUUUACAUAUUCUCUUUAUACUCUGUACUUUCUUGUACUGUAUGGGACUAUAAUACGCAUAACAAGGAUCCAGUCUAAAACCAUAUUAGAAAUAUAAAAAGUCGAUAUUAGCCAGUUGAAGGGCGAUCAAAAGGAGGCCGACAUCUAUAAAUGGAACGUGACUCAGGCCUUUUUAUUUCAUAUAUAUAUAUAUAUAUAUAUAUAUAUAUGGAUGUAUUUUACUAACUUAUUAAAAGUACUCCUUUAGAACAUGACUGUAUUUUAUAGGCGCAUUUAACACGUCAAGCGAAUUAAGAGUGUGUGAGCGGUGCGUUUUUUGUGGGUUUUCUAGACGGUAUGCGUAAAAAAAAAAAAAUAAAAUAUGCAGACACGGAAGGAUUUAUGAACACAAUGUUUUUAUUUAUCAAAAAAAUUGUGAAUGUAAUAACCAUUCAGCAAUAUGCUUACAAAUCCAUGCUAUAUUCUACGUGAGACGUGUUUCCUGAGUGAUAUGUGUAAUAAUACUUUACGCUAAGUUUAAUUUUCGUAUGUAUGUAAGUAAUUAUGAAUGCAGUUUUAUGGCGAUAAGUAUCAGAGGUAUUGAACGAGAUCAUGUCUGAAAUGAUGGACAAUGUUUGUCUUAAAAUGAUGGUAUUUUUUAACCAGAGAUUGCUAUAAUUAUUAUCAUUUUAAAGAUUAUUAUUCUAUGUGAUCAGUAUUUGCCUUUCUACGGUGGGAGACGGAAACACAGAAAUGAUCCAAAAAACAAAACUCAUAACCUCCAUAAAACAGAUUUGAUAAAUUCUCGCAUGACGUAAUAAGCAAUGUGGAUGAAUAAUGUUGCCAGAUAUGAACAUUUUUCUUCUGCAUUUGUGUAUAAUUUCAAUUUAUUUCAUAGUGUUUUGUGGUUUUGGGUUUGGAUCCUUUCUGGGUUCGGAGCGUUUGAAUGUUUACUCUGCCCGGCCGCCAUAUCUUUGACAUUAAUGUAACAACAUGAAGAGUGUUGCUAAUUUUAAAAUCUAUGAAAUAAAUUUCAAUGUUGUUUGCUCUC